AUGAGUGCACAGGUUUUAUUUCGUGUUGUGUGUCCAACUUAACUUUCUUAAACUGUAAUAAUAGUUGGAAACAAUUCAGCAUUAGGCAAUUGGAAUCCUUUAAAUGGAUUUAAAUUGAGCACUAGCCCGGAUACUUAUCCAGUUUGGAUGAAUGAGGAUGCUUUGGAAGUUGAGCCAAAUGAAAUUUUGGAGUUCAAAAUAGUUAUAAGUGAUGGAAUAAAUUUUUAAUGGGAAAUCGGAGCAAACAGAUUGAUACAAAUCUUAAGCCAAAAGAUGGUAGUGAUCUUGACUUUCGAUUAACAACCCCUUAUUAUCCAUAAUAUCAGAAGACUGUUCUCAAAUACUGAUUUAACUAAUAUUACUGAGUCCAACGCAAGAAAGAUUUCAAUAUAAUUACAAGAGAAAUUGUAUGACUCGGAUGAAGACUCAGAUUAAGAAUUAGAGAGCGAUGAGAAUUCAUAAUUUUACGAUGAAGAAACCUCAUUGAUUUCGAAUGAGCAAUAUUAAUGUAGUCCAAAUAAAUAAUCAAAUACCCAAGAUUGCCAACUUUAAUUUGGAUUUCUCGAUCCUUGA